UCAACCAAUUGAAGAAAUUAGCCAACAAAGUGAAGAACCAGCAACUGAAAAUGACCAGAUCGUGAGUGUACCUCCCCUAAUGGAUGAACAACCUUUAGAAAAUCAACUUCUCACCCAAGAUUCUAGCUCUCACUAUUUAACCGAGGAGACAGGGGAGGAAAAAGAUGAUGCAAAGCAUUGGGCUAGAGAACGAGGCAAGUUGAUUAUGUGUAUCAUAGUUUGUAAUGGUACCACUAGUGAAAGUGCCUUUCAAAUGGUUUGCGAGUGUAGUGGACAACAUAGAAGUCAUGCAAAAAAGGGUACCGUGCAAGUAGCAAAGGCAAAGAGGAAGCAAACUACGUUCACUAAGAAGACCCGAUGCCCCUUCAAGCUUCAAUUUAAAAAGAACGCGGCAAAAAGGUGGUUUUUGGAUAAAGUUGUAUGUGGUAGUCAUAACCACCAUAUACCGGAGAGUUUGCUAUCACAUUCGUAUGCUGGACGCCUUACCGAAGAAGAAUAGAAGAUCGUAGAGUCACUGACACAAAUUCGUAUGAAUCCCGUUGAUAUCCUCGCUCACUUAAAGGAAAAAAACCCACAAAAUGCUUCUUCUUUGGCUAACAUCUACAACACAAGAACAAAAUUGAAGGCUAAGAAAUGGGAACAAAGGAACGAAAUGCAACA